AUGGCGAGGAUUGGGCGGCGGUGGUGGCUGCUGCUAUCGGGUCUCGUCGCGCUGGUGCCAGCGGCUGCGCUGUGCAUGCGCUUUGGCGGCGGCUGCCGGGUGCGCCUGAGCAAAAGUGGGCCGACGGAUGACGAUGAUGACGACAUCGACGACGAUGACCUUAACGCGCAUGGCAACAACACUGCCGCCGCGGGGGUCGAAGAAAAGACCCGCGAGCAGUACCAUGACGCACUUGGCCGGCUGAAGGAGAACGCCAACAAGAUGUUUCAGGGGGGGCAAUUCGAUGCUGCGCUGAAGCUGUACCAGGGGUGCCUUGACGUGUGCGCCGCGCUUGGCGCCGGCGAUGCCACGGCGGUGCAGGUUUCUCAGGUUGUGCGCGCCAACGUGGUGCUUGUGUUCCUGAAGCUGCAGAGGCCCGAGGAAGCGCGGAUGCUGGCGACCUUCCUGCUGCAGGACGACACGAACCCUGUCGAGGGGGAGCUGAAGGUGAAGGUGCUUUACCGGCGCGGGCUGGCCAGCCAGGCACUCGACGAUCGCGAGUCGGCGCUCUGCGACUUUAGGGCCGCCGUUUUGCUCUCGCCCGAGGGAAAGAAUCCGGCCGCACAAAACGCAAUUGCAGCUCUCUCCCGCAGUGCCGCGGCAUGA